AUGGACCCAGACAUGGCCAUCAACAGCAGUCCUGGCCCAGAUGACAACAUGGCCCCUGGUGAGGGUGCUGGUCACGCAAAUCAUCAUGGUCCCUAUAGUGGCACAGCUCUUGGAUACCAACAUGAUCUCAGCGUGGCGGUGCGUGCCCGGAGCUCCGUCUGCUCCCGUGCUGACUCACGGCUGCUCGCUCCUGCCAAGGAACAAGUCGGUCAGGAAGCCGCGCCGCAGCUAUGGCUUUUAAAGACCGGAAAGACGCCGGUGGAACCCGAGGUGGCGACUCACGGAAUUCGAAUCACGCUCACCAGCCGCAACGUGAAGUCGCUGAAGAAGGUGUGCGCUGACUUGAUCAGAGGCGCCAAGGAAAAGAAUCUGAAAGUGAAGGAACCGGUGCGCAUGCCUACCAAGACUCUGAGAAUCACUACAAGAAAAACACCUUGUGGUGAAGGUUCCAAGACAUGGGGUUGUUUCCAAAUGAGAAUCCACAAGCGACUGAUUGAUUUGCACAGUCCUUCCGAGAUUGUUAAGCAAAUCACUUCCAUCAGUAUUGAGCCAGGCGUGGAGGUUGAAGUCACUAUUGCAGAUGCCUGA